AUGAAGGAGAAAGAAACUCUACAAGAGUACUUCUCAAGGGUGAUCGAAGUUGUAAAUAAAAUCAAGUAUCUUGGCGAUGACUUGACCGACAAAACGGUUUGCAAGAAGAUCUUGAUAAGUCUUUCUCCAAAGUAUGACAAUAUGGUGGCCAUUAUUGAAGAAAUGAAAGACCUCUCGUCACUCAGUAUUCACGAUUUGAUGGGUUCUCUUGAGAUGCAUGAACAACGGAUGAAGCGACAUACCAAAGCUUCCCUCGAAAGUGCCUUUCAAUCGAAAAAGUUUGGUCAUAUGCAAAAGGAUUGUCGAGAUCAAAGAAGAGAGCAUGCCAAUUAUACCGAUGAGGAAAGGAAUUGUGAAAGUGAUGGAAGCACAUUUUUUGCAUGUCAAGCGGCUAUCGGAAAAAAUGAUAACGAGUGGUAUGUUGAUAGUGGGUGCAGCAAUCACAUGACCGGAGAUGAGUCGAUUUUUUACAAAAUUGACAAGAGUGACACAACUCGGAUCACAAUGGGUAAUGGUGCUGUGGUGAAAUCAAAUGGAAGAGGUACGAUUGCCGUAGAUUCAAAGACAAGUAAAUUGCUAAUCCAUGAUGUAUUGUUUGUUCCGGAUUUAGCUCAAAAUUUGCUGAGUGUUGGACAACUUAUGCAAAAUAAUCAUGCAUUGUAUUUCGAUGAUGAUUAUUGUAAAAUUUUUGACAAGAAAAAUAAUAUAGAGUUGAUUGCGGUUGUUAAGAUGGAGAGGAAUCGAAAUUUUCCUCUUAAUCUUAAACCUGCAAGUUGUGCAUCGAUGAAGACCAAUGUUGAAGAUAUGUCAUGA